GUUCCGGGAAACACAAAACUCGGCACUCUCGCAGUUUUCCCGGGUCGGACGCUUUCAGCUCUGAACCGACAGAUCAGCUGUUUUUCUUGUGUACGCAAGAGACGUUUUCUGCUCAAUUUGUUCGCCGCUUUUAUUCGCUUUUUAACGAUUAACCGUCAACUGUUUUAUCCCAGCAUGGCAUCUCGGAAGCGACCGAUUGAUUCGACCGACGAGGGCUUCAAAACGCCGGAGAGGAGAAGGUCUGCGGUCCUGCAGCCGGACUCAGACUUCCUUCUUUGGGGAGUGGAAGAAACAUGUCGGUACCUGCGAAACGAAGGUCUGAGACGAUGGGAGAAAACAUUCAGAGAACAAAACAUCACAGGUGUUGGCCUGAGGUACCUAAAGGAUGAAGACCUGGAGAAGAUUGGCAUAAAGACCUUGGGUGACCGCCUGCAGGUCUUGCACAGCCUCAGGAAGCUGUGGCAGAUAGAAACUAACAAGGUGUUCAAUGAUCCCAUCCACGGUCACAUGGACUUACAUCCACUCCUCAUUAAAUUCAUCGACACCCUUCAGUUUCAGAGGCUUCGAUACAUCAAGCAGCUUGGUGGGACGUACUACGUGUUUCCCGGAGCGUCCCACAACCGCUUUGAACACAGUAUUGGGGUCGGGUACUUGGCUGGACAACUUGUCCAAGCUCUGAACGAGAGGCAGCCUGAACUCCUCAUCUCUCGUCGGGACAUCCUGUGUGUGCAGAUCGCUGGACUCUGCCACGAUCUGGGACAUGGACCCUUUUCUCACAUGUUUGAUGGCAUGUUCAUGCCUAGAGCUCGUCCACAACUGAACUGGAAGCAUGAGACUGCCUCUGUGGCCAUGUUCGACCACCUGGUGGAGGUCAACAACCUGAAGCCAGUGAUGGAGGAGCAUGGCCUGGUGAUGCCAGAGGACCUGGACUUUAUCAAGGAGCAGAUCGCUGGACCACAGAGAAAUCCAGGACAGCAGUGGCCGUACAAAGGACGUCCUGAAGACAAGUCCUUCCUGUAUGAGGUUGUUGCCAACAAAAGGAACGGCAUCGAUGUGGACAAGUGGGACUAUUUUGCCAGGGACUGCCACCAGCUGGGUAUCCAGAACAACUUUGACUAUCGGCGCUUCCUUAAAUUUGCCAGGGUGUGUGUGGACAAGGGACAGAAGCAGAUCUGCACUAGAGAUAAGGAAGUGGGAAAUCUGUAUGACAUGUUUCACACCAGAAACUGUCUGCACAGAAGAGCCUACCAGCACAAAGUGGGCAACAUCAUAGAGGUCAUGGUCACGGAGGCCUUUUUAAAAGCAGAUCCACACAUUCAGAUUGAAGGUUCGAAUGGGAAGAUGUUUACCAUCUCCACAGCUGUAGAAGACAUGGUGGCCUACACCAAGCUGACUGAUAAUAUAUUUGAACAGAUAUUGAACUCUUCCAAUCCGGAGCUCACGGAGGCGAGGAAGAUCCUGCGAGAUAUCUUGUGCAGGAACCUCUACAAGUAUCUGGGCCAAACUCAGCCAAACGAGCCCUUAAUCGUCACCCAGGAGACGAUUCACAGCUGGGAGGCAGAUUUGGCUCGAUCCGUCCCUCAGAGCAGUAGCCACGAUCCUAAUCUACAACCAGAGGACUUUAUUGUCAGUGUAAUAGUUAUGGACUAUGGGAUGAAGGAGAAGAACCCCAUCAACAACAUGCGCUUCUAUUGCAAAUCUGACCCAACAAAAGCCAUUCAGAUUUACAAAAACCAGGUGUCUAAGCUGCUUCCAGAGCAGUUUGUUGAGCAACAGAUCAGAGUCUACUGCAAGAAGACGGAUAAAGAGAGUCUGGAGGCUGCCAAGAAGUACUUUGUUCAAUGGUGCAUGGACAGGAACUUCACCAAGCCUCAGGAUGGAGAUGUGAUCGCACCUGAGCUGACCCCUCUGAAAGCCAGCUGGCGCAACAACAACGACGGAGAGAGCAGCGACGACUCCUGCUCCAAAGAACUAAAAGCUGCUCAGGUUAACGGGGUCAAGAAAGCCAAAACUCAGCUGUUUAAGUGAAAAACUCAAAUAAAAACACUGUUAACAACCAGAAAAUACAACAUUGAAGAUCAUGUUUCUAUGAGAUGUGUGUUGGUGAACGGCAAAUAUUUUUAUACCGGUUACAAACGGAGGAUGCAGGGGUGUACUUCUGUAAAAGGUCUGUUUUAGAAAACAAAGGUUCUCAGUGAUGUCAUUCAUGUUUUUGUUUCAUUUUAUUAAUCAGGUUUUAUUUAAAAGUACAGAAUUUCAACCAUUUAUUAUCUUAAGCCACGGCAGUUUUUCAGUAUUUACCUGAGAAGUAUUUGUUACUUUAAAAACAUUUUUACCUUUUUGGUAUCUGUUUAUUCUUCUUUGCUGUUUUGGAUAAUGUGUUUGGUAUUUAUUUUUGCUUGUUGCUGUGUUUAUCUUUAGGUUUUCUUUUACAAACCAUUUUAAAUGGCUUUUGUUAAACCAAAAUAUAUUUUGAGUUCAUCAAACCUAUGUUUAAAAAAAUCUGAUGUGUGUGAUUUAUUUAAAGGUUUGGUGUGGUUCUACCAAAAUAAACUCUGGGACUUUA